AUGGGUGGGUGUUUUUCAUCAAACCAAGAAGUGAAUGAUGCAAAGCAAUUGCCAAAGAAGGAUUAUUGGAAAAAGGGUUCAUACCCUCAUCAUCCCAACAUACUUAUUUCUGUCACAAAAGAUGGACAAAUAGCAAAUGGUGCUGUACAAUUUACUUUUCGUGAGCUUGCUACUGCAACUAAGAAUUUUUGUGUUGAGAGUUUUAUGGGAGAAGGUGAUUUUGGGUGUGUUUAUAAAGGUCGUUUGGAAAGAACCCAACAGAUGUCUUCCAACAAUGCUUUGGAUGUCAAGGAUGGGAAAGUGAAACCGUCCCAUGCAGGGCCUAAGAAGAAGUGAGGAUGUGGAGCACAGGAAGAUAAACUUAAUCAUGGGGAAUAGGAAGGCUUCACAUGUUACCAAGAUUGGAGUUUAUACUUUGUUUCUAAGUAGUGGGUUAAAGUUAGAUUUGAAUAAAUGUGUUUACUCGUCCGAAAUGGUGAGGAAUAUUAUUUCUUUUCAUGGUUUGUACAAACAAGGGUUUACCUUUUCGUUUGAUAAUAAAUGCGGUGAUAU